UGUUUCUCAAGGUCAAGGCUGCCAAAAACUCCACCACAAAAAAUAAAAAUAAAAAAAAUCAGAGAUCAGAUCUAAAUUAAUUAGCUAACAGAAAAGAAGAAAGCAAUAAUGGCGACUCUUGAGGUUCUUCAGAUGGUUGAAGAAGGUCUCCUUUCAUCUCCUCCAAAAGCUGAAAAUGAAAAACCCCGAGAUUUGUCCAUCGAGAAGAAGAUCGAUUUCCUUGAGAGCUUGACUGGCAAAGUUAGCAACCGUCGAUCUCGGAGAUGGUUAAAUGAUCGAUUGCUGAUGGAGCUUGUGCCUCGUUUAGAUGCAGAAGAAAUUAGAGGCUUGUUUGCUCCACCACCUUGGGGUGAUGAUGUACCACUGUCACCAUUUUGCAUGACUAAUAUGGGAGAGUGGGACAAGUUUAGGAAUAUAGACAUGGACAAGCAGGCUAAUAUUAUUGACAGACUAAAUAGGAGGUCUGUCAAAAGGGAAGGUCGUGUUGAUGCUGAUAAGAUGGCUGUCUUGAAUGCAUGGCAUAGAAUAGAUUGCCGAACUAGAGAUGCACUUCGUCGUAGCUUCCUUGUAGAACUUAUUGAGAGCUAUGAGGCAUGCAUCCGGGUUUUCAUUCAAGAUGGUGGAGAUGAAGUUCUAUCAUUACGGGUCCAAGAUCCCUUUCAUAGAUUGUUGCUGCAUGGCGUCUGUGAGUUCUACAACUUGGCCUCAGUAACUAGUCAGGAUUGAAUUCUAUUUGUACAGUUCUACAACUUGGCCUCAGUGACUGAGACAGAAUCAAAGGAUGCAGAGUCAUUUAAGACGACAAAAAUAAAGAAGAAGAAAAUGGCUGUAGUUGAGCUCCCGAAUAUCACUCUUUCCAAUUUUUUGAGAAUGUCCAAGGAAGGUGUAUGGUAGCUCCAAUGGGAUGGAUCUCCAAUUGAUGUAUGUAAAUAAAGUUGGGAUCCAUGAUGAAGCCUGACUUAUGGAUGCAAUAUUUUAUUAUGAUGGGCCAGCCUGUUCAUUUUGUAUCAUUGAUAACAUUUUAGGUUAUAUUUGUUGGCACAAAUGUCAGUAAAUCAAGGCUAUUUAGCAAA